AUAUGGCAAUAUGUUUGCUUAAAAAGGAAAAUUGGAUUUACAGAUUCUGAUGAUGAUAAAUAUUUAAUCAGAUCUGGGGUUCUUGUUAUCGAUGAUAAUAAUAAUAAUUAUCGAAGAGGAACCGAGCAUUAGGAAAUGUUCAUUUUCUAUCAUGUGAUGUGGGUUCAUAUUAUGGAAUUGAGGGAUAUAUAGAUUUUUACAUAGAAGGAUUAGAAUGGGCAAUAGAGAGUUCUUAAGAGAAGGUUUGGAUAUGGAAGAACAUAAUAGAAGAUUUGAUAAAAUUAUUGGUGAAUACAAAGAGAUUGUAAAGGUUACUAAAGAAACAACGAUUAUUGAUAUUCGAAGUGAAUCAAAAGAAGUUCGAAAACUCAAGAAGGGAUUUGUACAUGUAUAAUACUCUAAAAAUUAUGAUUCAUAUAUGAUAGAAUGCCUCAAAAUCGGUAACAGAUAUUUGUGAAAAUUAGGUUAGCGAUGUUAUUUACAUAUUUUUUUGUUUAAAAAU